AUGAGUCUCGUUCUUGGAGUAGGCGUGGGCACAUUUUUAUUCCUUUUCUUUUUGGCAAUCCUUAUUAUCAUCCUAAUCAUUGGACACAACUCUAAACUCGGUCAAGCAAUUUUCUGGGGAUUAUUAAUCGUAUUUAUCAUUGCGUUUGUUUUACUUGCAGUUUCCCCAACAGAAGCCGAUCCUAAAGAAGAAGAUAUUGUCGACAAAUAUUAUAUAUUAAUCAUUUUCUCGAUUUUUAUUCUACUUGGAUUUAUUAUCGCGAUUGUUGCUUACUUAUUGGUCGUUCUCUUACACCAGGAUUAUGCAGUUACAAUCCCUUCAUAA